AUGAAUGCAAAUAUGUCUCUUUAUCAAUAUAGACAACGAUAUGUUAUUUCUGGUCGACAACUAUGUAAUGAAGAUAAAACAUCAAUAAAUAAUAGAUUUAAUAUGAAACAAUUACGUCGUUAUCAAUCUCAAUCUAAAUUUUCAUUUUAUGAUAAUGAUCUAGAAAAUAAAGAUGAAACUAUAAUAUCAAAAUGGACAAUUGUUCGACAACGUUUACCAGAUAUUCUUGCACUUAGUACAACAUAUAAACCAACAAGUAUUCGAACUCAACUUCUUUUACUUAUUGCAUUAAUGAAUAGGCAAUCAAAUUCAUUACAUAAAUUAAGUACUAAUAAUUUAAAUGAUGAUUUAUCAUGUAAUCCAACAAGUGUUAUAAUUAAUAUUAGUGGUCGUAAUCGAUUAAUUUAUUUAAAACGUAUUCCACCACAACAAAUGAUACAUGUUGAUGUUGAUAGUCUUUCAUUUUCAAUACCAACACGACAAUUUAUUAUAGCUAUAAGUCGCGGUGAUGCAUAUAAUGCAGCUUCGAAAUUUUGUCCACCGGCUAUAACUGAUAUGUUAAUUGAUUUAUCGAAAACAAAAGUUGUUGGUGAAGGUUUAUUAUAUCAACAAACAUUAUUUAAAAGACGUAUUGGUAAAAUGUUAUUUUUUGCUUUAUUUAUAUUUAUUAUUGGAAUGAUGUUAAUACUUAUGAUUAGUACAGUAAAUACAUUACUUCAAUUAAAUUCAUUGAAUUAUACAACAUCAACUCUAUCAAUAAGAUAUCUUUCAUCAAAUAUAGAAACAGACGAAUAUUGGCAAUGGAGAUAA